AGUCCGCUAUUUCGUUUCUUAGCUUUUCCUUUCUUUAUCUACUUACUAUUAAAACUACUACUACUAUUAUAACUAUAUAAUAUCUGUUCAUUAAGGAGACAUGAACUCGUUAUUAUCUUAUCAUUAUCCUCAAGUUCAACCUCAGUACUCAGCCGUGGGCACCACCUCGGCCAACCUGGCCGGCCGCACUAACAAUCUUAGUAAUCCAACUGGACCAACUACCUUUAACGCGAACAAUACAAAACUUCCUUCCAUUCACUCGUUGGCGUUACCCACUAACGUCAUAACAUCUUCACAUCCACAACCUCAACAGGCAGCUCCAUCGGCCGUCGUUUUGCCGCCAUUAUUAUCGUCCAGAUUAUCACCACCAACCAUCAGUGCAAACGGUUCCGCAUCAUAUUCACUGCUGUACACGACCUCCACCACUCCAAAUUCUACUAGUAACUUAGCAACGAAUAGUUUUAAUGGUACAGCCUCUAUUGCCACCGCCACCUCAUCUAUAGUCAGCAAUCCUUCCAUCAGUCCUGUAGGGUCGCCAAGCUACCAGCUCAACUCGUCAUCAUCUCCUUCAUUUGUUAAAUCCGAGCCUACUAGCCAUACCCGAAUCCCUAGUCCUUUAUCAUCAUCGGUUUCUAACCUUUCAUCAAACGAUGACUCGGACAGUAAUUCUAAUGAGGCUGUGAAUACCAGCUUUGAAGGUUCGGAUGAUAAUGAAAAUUCUGCUGGCAAGAAAUGGAAGCCUAGAAAGAAGAGACAAUGUCCCGAAUGUAAAUUAUUCUUUUCCAACUUGGCAACUCAUAAGUCCACUCAUUUGAAGCCAACUUCCAGACCUCAUAUCUGCAAAUACUGUAACCGAGGCUUUGCUCGUUCGAACGAUUUGUUCCGUCAUAUCAAAUGUCAUUGGAAAGAGAUCGGUAGCGAUAAGGGACAAUUUAAGUGUCCAUUUAAGCAUAUGGAAGUUAGUGCUGAAUCUACCACAGAUGAUAACUGUUGUCACCAAACGGGAAUCUUUUCUAGAUGUGACACAUUCAAGAACCAUUUGAAGGCAAUCCAUUUCCAAUACCCUAAUGGCACCAAAAAGGAUCAAAGAACUAAAGUUGCCGGUAAAUGUAGAAUGUGUCAGACGGAGUUUAAGAAUGUAGACGACUGGCUUUCUAACCACAUCGAGAAGAACCAGUGCCCAUUCACUGUGAAUAUGUUAGCCAAGGAAUAAAGGUCGCAUCAUCAUCAACAUCAUUAUUAUUUUAUUAUUUUUAUCAUUGCUCAUUACUAAAAGGUCACUAUUUAUGGAUUCAGGUGUUAAAUUAUUACUAUUACUAUUACAUUUUUAUGAUUACUCUACUGCUACCACUGGUACACUAUAGACUUUUUUUAUACUCCUUCAUUUCUCUACAGUUUCGACUGUCUUUGUAUAUAUAGUUGCUUUCUUUCUUUGCUUAAUAAAAGUUUCAUGGUCUUCGAAUUGCGCAGCCUCC